GUUCUGAAACUGAAGUUGUUUCGAACCGUAUUCGAAGCUCAUUGUAUUUAGUGGAAAAUUCAGGGAAAAUGCUCCCUUCGUGUCCGUUCUUGCUAGUGCUUCUGACCCUAUGUGGGACCGGCCACAGUAUAAAAUGCUACGAGUGCAACUCUUAUUCAGACCUCUACUGUUCAGAGAACUGGGAUCUCAGAGAUCUGGCUGAGGAAAUACAACCCAUAGAAUGCGACGAAACAUACGAAGCCCAAUUCUGCGUCAAAACGACCGGGAUGUACCAAGGUGAAAUUGGUACGCGACGCUUUUGUUCGGCGAAACAUCUCGGCAACUACUGCGACUGGAACUCACGACCCGGAGACGUGAAUGACCGCGGCGGAAGACGCGAAUAUCGAUCAUGCAUUUAUACUUGUGCAACUGACGCAUGCAAUGCGUCGACCGAAACUAAGGCAUCCUCAAUCUUGCUGCUCGUUCCUAUUUUGCUGAUCGUCUCUCACUUGGCCGCGUCAUCAUGAGCGUAUCGAAGAUUAGGUACAAGGAUAAUAUAAGCCCACGGUUCGGAAGGCCUUCCUAUUCAGAAUGUGUAUGUAUAUAAGGACGCACCUACUGUAAAUACCUAUCGACGGAUAGAGUCUGUCGCUUCUUGGCCGACACGGAGGAAGGCCA